AUGAAGACCGCUUCAGCUCUAUCAAUUCUCUCUGUGCUUGUUUCGACGGCCUUCUCAGCACCUUUAGCGAGGGUCAAAGGUACUCCUUAUAAACCAUACUUUCGUCCGGAUCUUUUCGUCUAUCCCGAAAUGACCGUGCCCGGACGUACCCCGAUCGACUGCGAUACGCAGGCAAUGAAUCUAGACUUUUUCGGAUUGGAUGAAACAAAAUUUGAUGAGGUUGGUAUUGUGGCUUCUGCCUGUGGUGAAAUUUACAUUCCGCAAAAUUCACCCGUCAAAGCUGUCGAUAUGAUCCAUCUGUUCUAUAAAACGGACAAUGGAUUAGAAUUAAGAAGCAGAUAUUAUUUAGGCAAUAAUAUUCAAGUAGAAAUUCCUGUUCUCGGAUCACUCUUGCCCGUCAACACAAUUGCAAACUUGCUCGGCUUGAAUAAUCUUGCUGUCGGCGCUGAAUUAAGCUACUCGCAAUUCCAUCAUGAUCAACAAGAAAUGACGCAUUUGGCUUCGAUCUUGCCAGAGGUCUAUGCAGCCUUCGGUCCCUCAUCAGAUUUGAAGUAG